AUGAUCCGGCGUUUAACUUUGGAGGAACGAAUAAUGAAACCCUGGGAACAGGAGGAGUCUAGAAACCGGUUUCUCCAGUAUUACCGGUGUCAACCUUUACCGGAAAAUUCUCAACUUCAACAUACCAACAAGGUAAAUAUGCCGAUGUCGGCUUUGGACCGCCUUACGUAUUUUCGGACACCGUCCCCGAUGAUGUUUUCGGUGCACAACCCUUGGGACGAACUGUUUUACGAUGUCAACGGCGGCGGACGGUGCUGCCACUCGGGCGUCCUGAAUUUCGUCGCCGAAGAAGGUUUCGUCCAAAUGCCACAAUGGAUGAUGGAUAAAUUGGAACUAAGGGAAGGCGAUCUGGUGUUCUUCCGGAGCGCGGAUGACCUUCCGGGAGUGACUUACAUAUUAAUGCAGCCGCAUACGGAGGAGUUCUCCAAGCUUUCCAAUCCAAAAGCCAUCUUAGAGAAGAAGCUGAAGGAGUAUUCAUGCUUGACUGAGGGAGAUACAAUCAGCUUUGAAUACAAAGGAAAGCUGUUCAAAUUCAAUAUAUUGGAGACUAAACCUGACAUGGCAGUCAGCACCGUCGAGACGGAUCCCGAGGUUGACUUCGCGAUUCCUUUGAAUCACAAAGGGCCCGAAAAGAAAGCAACAGGAGGAGAAGUUAACAAGAAACAUAAGGAAGUUGGUGAUGAAGAAGGAAAGAAAGAAAGUGAAAAGUUGGUCCCGUUUAGUGGUUGUGGGCGUCGAUUGGAUGGGUCGACUUUUAAGGCGACAACUCCUCCUUCUAAGGUUGUGUCGACGGAAUGGGGGAGUUCAGACGUCCAGACUGGUGGCGGUGGUAGCAAGGUAUCGGCAAAGCUUGUGUUUAGCUCGGAAGCGGCGGUCAAAAGUUGUUGCAAACCAGCCGGUGAGGAGGAUUUAUCUUCCAAGAAAAUCAACGAGACCGGCGGGUUCCAACCGUUCACGGGGAAGAAACGCACAUUGAUGGGUUGA